AGAACUUUUAUUAUUUUCGGUAGUAAAAUUUUUUUUAUUUUUUUUCAGUAGAUUAACAGGACAAUAAUCAGUAUAAAAUUUUUAUUUCAUUAUACCAAAUUAAUGCACUUAUCAUUUGUAAACGAAAAGGAGGAAAUGGAUACCACCGGGACAUGUAUAAACAACAUGAACGUUAAUAGACACCCACCAUACAGGAACAGCUGAAGGCAGAGACAAAGAAAGACAUCAUCAGAGUACUCAGUGAAGACAUCUUCUUUCUACACCGCUACACCAUGGCAGCUGACGGAGCAAACUCCAAAACCACUGUCAGCCUCAAGAGGAUCCUCCUAGUGCUUAACUGCCUCAUGCUCUCCAUUGGGACAACCGGCGGGCCCCUCGUCAUGCGUCUCUACUACAUCCAUGGCGGCAAGAGGGUGUGGCUCGCGAGCUGGCUCCAGACGGCCGCCAGUCCUUUCGUCAUCAUACCCCUCGCCAUCUCCUACUUCCGCCGCUGCACCAUGUCUGCUGCGAGCAGCAGCGGCAGCCCCAACCCAAGUCCCAUCCUUAUCAAGCCAAUCCUCUUCGUCGCUGCACUGUUGGUCGGGAUUCUCAGCGGGGUCGACAACUACUUCUAUGCCUACGGAGGAGCACGUCUCCCUGUCUCCACGUCGUGCCUCAUCAUUGCAUCGCAGCUCGGGUUCACUGCAUUCUUCGCUUUCCUCCUCGUGAAGCAGAGGUUAACGCCAUACUCGAUAAACUCGGUGGUCCUGCUGACAUUAGGAGCGGUGGUCCUGGCACUGCAUGCUGGGAGUGACAGGCCGGAAGGAGAGUCGAACGGGCAGUACGUACUGGGGUUCGUGAUGACUGUACUAGCAGCGGCCCUCUACGGGCUGAUGCUGCCGCUGGUGGAGUUGAGCUACCAUAAGGCCAAGCAGGUCAUGACCUAUUCGCUGGUCAUGGAGUAUCAGCUCGUCAUGAGCAUAUCUGCCACCAUUUUCUGCACAGUGGGCAUGCUCGUCAACAAAGACUUUCAGGCAAUUCGAAGGGAAGCAAAGGAAUUUGACCUUGGAGAAUUCAAGUACUACCUGGUCCUAGUGUCCAGUGGCAUCCUAUGGCAGUGCUUCUUCCUAGGAGCUAUUGGAGUCAUCUUCUGUGCAUCCGCCCUAACCUCUGGGAUCAUCGUCUCGGUUAUGCUCCCCGUGACCGAAGUUCUCGCUGCCAUCUUCUUCAAGGAGAAGUUCAGUGCUGAGAAAGGUGUCUCGCUCGUUCUGUCUCUCUGGGGAUUUGCAUCGUACUUUUACGGAGAGUUCAAGCAAAACAAGAAGAGGAAUCAAAACCAGAAUCACGAAAUGAACAGCCACAUUAUCCCUUAGGCCAUGUUUGGUGGUCAAGAUGAAAAGGAUCAUAGGUACUGUUGGGAUACACCAGACUUGCGAUUGGGUUAGGUAUAAUGCAGGAUAAAGUAAUAAGAAAAAUAUCUCAUUAAGGGUGUGGGGUAAAGGCAAUUGAGAUCUUGAUUAUACAUUAAAAGACCAAAAUUGCCUUGGCAUAUUCUUACUAUGCCACUUUGAAGAGCUAAGGGGGCUGCCUAGGGAGGGAGGUGGUGGUCGCCCAAAGCCACCAUCACCACCUGGGCAAGAUCGCUGGUGGCCUUAGGGAUCACUAGCGAACUCGCCUGGGCGGUGGCAGCGGCAUUGGGUCAUCAUCUAGGGAUGAGACUACAUGUAAUCUAGAAGAGAUAUUUGCGAAUUUGUAUGCUUCUUUAGGAUUUUAGCCCA